CAGCACAAAAUGAAGUACCGGCAGCUGAGAAGCCUACGCCCUGAUCUUGAAUUAUGGACCAAUAAAGUUAUGGCCGAAUAACUCAGUUUAACAAGCUUUCGCGAACAGCCAAGAAGUCAUAUUGCCGCAUGACACAAAAUGACAUUUAUAUGAGUUGAAAUGCUUCCGACGUUAUGAGGCAUCUUGUGGCCGAGUACGCACACGUACUACAAUAAUGGCAAACGGUAUAAUAUAAAAAUAGCUACAAUUCCAGCUGCCAUGAUGAGGCUAGGUAUUUCAAUUUGAUCCGAUUGCGCAUCUCCCCACUGGAGUUUCAGGUCGGUUUUGAUCUGAUCUCGACGUUUCUAGCUUCUACCCAAUAUUCUCUACCAUGUAUAAAGUUGAAUGGGGCCGCGGCCAUGUCUUCUCAAGUUAGCUACAACUCCGAGAAUACCUAGGAGGGUCUUGAUCUAACUACAUCUAAUUUUGGUGAAACCCCUUUUGGUAAGGGUCAUAUAUAUACAUACGCUACAUAAUAACAACCUCAUCAAUCAUCGUGAGUGAGUGGCGAGUGUGUCAAUGCUGGAUCCAGAUGGAUAAAAAAAGAUAUUCGUUUAUGCUGAAAACCAGCUGAGUAGUUAAAGCAUCUGAGAACAUUUCUUCUCAUAGUGGGCAGAUGGUGACGAGACAUGUUACCGCAGUCAUCUCUCUUGGACAAAUACGGAAUUCAACUCGCGACCUAUGUAUGUCCCUAUGCAAAGUAAAUCGGCAGUCUUACAUUGUAUAGCAGGACAAUUAACUUAACAAAUGGCCAGCAUCUAUUGUUGAAUUCUACAAGCUUAACUUAAAUUCAAGUUCAACCUAAUCCUUGCGCAAAGGGGUCUUUUUCACAGGCCAUGUGGCGCUAUGUAGCUAUGACUGUGGCGUUCGCUUCUCAUCUAGGUACCUCUCUCCUGUAUUUUAUUAGCACCGCCACAAUCUUUCCAACCAAUCAGAUCCUUAGAAUCGCCCCGCUGUUGGCGACAUUUUCCUUUGCCAUUCUAUCGGAUGACAAGACGAGGAAACGAAAUACGAAAUGAGGCUAUCACGAUGACUGUUGUUGCUAUUGUUCUUGAUGGUAAGUUACGUGUGUGUGGGCUACCUAAAAUGAUGUGGUGUUUUGUGCGUAGACUAAUCACGUGGCGACGUGAUUAGUCUUACGUAAUGAUAUACCAACACAUUCUAUCGCAUAACGUUUGAAACAUAUGCAAAUAGUAUAGAAAGACCACGCAAAACGAGCUCUAUUUAACAAUACUAAUUAUUAAAAAUUUUAUGUCCUCAAGUGCGAAGGAGACACGGUGGG